UCAACAUCACUCUUUGACCUUGCUGGAAGCAUGAUUAUCUUCUUCUCUACGAUGUUACUAAAUAUGAGAUGAUAAACUCAUGUAACCAGUUGACACUUAUUUCGUAUACAUUGUAGCCAGAUGCUUAUGCAUAAAUGUAUUGGAGUGUGCGGCUCGUGCGCACGCCUCAUCUCGCCCCGCCACAUGCACAACAGAAUAUGGAAGGAACUAGCAAAUCGAUCACUCGUAUCAUCAAGACGUUAUUGUAACAAUAAUUUGGGAGAUUUAUAUCGGAAUGAGUCUGUACAACGAUAUCUUCGGCAGCUUGUGGAAGAGUACAGAGAUGUCACCAAGACAUUACAACAUGUGUUUCUCAACGACUCCGACAGGAAAGAGUUGAACAAGAGACAGGUGGGACUUUCACCAGUGGCCAAUGCGUUUCAGAGCGUUGAACAUGCCGUGAAAGACCUUGAGGAGGUCGACACUCUGCUUCAGAGUACAGUCGGUUCCAAAGAGGAAGACCAACACAUGGUCCAGUUACUGAAAGAGGAACAAGCACAGAUCACCCAAAAAAUCGAAUCACUGAGAAAAGAUUUGAUCCAGGCACUAGUACCCAGUGACCCACACGACACCAGUAAUGUCCUUCUGGAGGUGGUAACAGGGCGGACAACAGGAGGUGACAUCUGUCAACAGUUCACCAGAGAGAUGUUUGACAUGUACCAAGGCCUUGCCAGCUACAAGAACUGGGACUUUGAGGUCUUCAACUACACACCUGCUGAAUAUGGUGGGCUGCACCAUGCGGCAGUAAGGGUAGCGGGGGAGAGUGUGUACCGGCUUCUGAAGCAUGAGGGAGGGACACACCGGGUCCAGAGGAUCCCCGAGGUGGGCCUGUCCUCCAGGAUGCAACGCAUUCACACAGGAACCAUGACCGUCAUCGUCCUGCCACAACCCAACGAGCUGGACAUCAGCAUUGACCCUAAGGACCUGCGGGUUGAUACGUUCAGAUCGAGAGGGGCGGGAGGUCAAAGUGUCAACACAACAGACAGUGCUGUCCGAAUAGUACACCUGCCAACAGGUACGGUGGCAGAGUGUCAGACGAGCCGCUCUCAGCUACAGAAUCGUGACACGGCCCUGCACGUGCUGAAGGCCCGCCUCUACCAGAGAAUGAAGGGCAGAGAGACGGAGCAGAGACUUACGGCACGCAAACAGCAGGUGGGAACUCGCUCCCAGUCGGAGAGGAUUCGCACCUACAACUUCAGCCAGGACCGCGUGACAGACCACCGGACUGGCUAUGUGACCAGAGAUAUCAAGGAGUUCAUGAGGGGCGGGGAGCCACUGGAUGAUCUGAUCUCAGAGCUGUUGGAACACGGAGAGAAGGAGGCUCUGCUGGAACUGACCUUCAGUCCGAGACACUGACUCGACAGUGUGACGCCUUAGUUCUGGGAGCUAGCUAACGUGACCCACCGCUGCAGCACUGACAGGAGAACAGUCAGACUGGUGGAGUCAGAGCAGAUAUGGAAGCAGUGGUGCGAACACUGAUCCUGGUUCAGUUUAUGUGAAAAGAAUGGCGUGUGUGGAGAAAAUAGAGAGCAGAGAGAGCCUGGCUGCAGACAACCCAGCUCUUUGACCAGUCUCAAACAUAUGCAGAAUUACACCCUAGCAUCUUAAUAAAGAUAUGGAAGCAGUGGUGCGAACACUGAUCCUGGUUCAGUUUAUGUGAAAAGAAUUUAAAUUAAAUUAAAAUUAAUAAAGACAUAAAACGUUACUGGAAAUAGUUGCUGAUGAUCCCUGCUCCUAUUGGGUGUGUCAGAGCUAUGAUUCAGCCCAACACACACGCUCUAAUCUCUAGCACCCAGGCUGUCUGGCAGCUGGCCAGUCAUGGCAUCAGUAUCUCUCCUACACAGCCAUAGCAAUGUGUGUGUAUCGGCACCAAUUAAGAAUUACCUUCGAGGCUACUCAAGCCCCUGUGCAACGUUUAUUGUGAAAUGUUUGAGUUGCUCUGACGGAAGUCUGCAAAAUAAAUCUGUGGUAGACUA